UGUCGUGUGGGAAAACGUGAGUACUUCUGUUUAAUCCUAGUGCCCGGUCAAGAAGGCAAUGAAGUGCCACUAUGAAGCGUUAGGCGUGAAACGAGACGCUGGGGACGAUGAUCUGAAGAAAGCUUAUAGGAAACUAGCUUUGAAAUGGCACCCAGAUAAAAACUUGGAAAGCGCUGAGGAGGCAGCGGAGCAGUUCAAGCUGAUUCAAGCAGCUUAUGACGUCCUGAGCGAUCCACAGGAGAGAGCCUGGUAUGACAAUCACAGGGAGGCUCUGCUGAAAGGAGGGCUGAGUGGGGAUUAUGAAGACGACAGCAUUGACCUGCUGCAGUUUUUCACAGUCACCUGUUACUCUGGAUACGGCGAUGACGAGAAGGGCUUUUACACAGUUUACAGGAACCUCUUCGAGUCCAUUGUUAAGGAGGAGAUGGAGCACAGCAGGAUGGACGAUGAGGAAGAGGAAGAGGAGUUUCCUCCCUUUGGAGACUCUCAGAGUGAUUACGAUACGGUAGUGCACGAGUUUUACGCCCACUGGCAGAGCUUCUGCACUCGCAAAAACUUUGCUUGGAAGGAGGAAUAUGACACGAGACAAGCCUCCAACCGUUGGGAGAAAAGGGCCAUGGAGAAGGAGAACAAGAAGACCAGAGACAAGGCUCGAAAAGAGCGCAACGAGCUUGUGCGCCAGUUGGCGGCUUUCGUUCGUAAGCGCGACCGCCGCGUGCAGGCCCACAGGAAGCUGGUGGAGGAGCAGAACGCCGAGAAGGUCAAGAAGACCGAGGAGAUUAGACGGCAGCAGAAGCUCAAACAGGCCAAACUGGCAGAGGAGUACCAAGAGCAGAGCUGGGCAGCCAUGUCUGAGCUAGAGAAGGAGCUGCAGCAGAUCGAAGCUCAGUACGGAGAGGAGUUCGGAGAUGCAACUGAGAGUGAGGAAGACGAGGUGGAAAUGGAUGCACAGGAGCGAAACAGUGAAGAUGGAGGCACAGAGCAGCCUGACGACCUGAUUGAGUGUUAUGAUGAUCUCUACUGCCCAGCUUGUGAUAAAUCCUUCAAAUCAGAUAAAGCUAUGAAAAACCAUGAAAAGUCCAAAAAGCACCGAGAGAUGGUGGUGUUGCUACGGCAACAGCUGGAAGAAGAGGAGGACUCGCUUGGUUUGAGCGUGGAUGGAAAGAAUGGGGAGAAUGUACAUGAAGGGCUGGAGGAUGAUGAAGAAGAGGAGGAUGAAGAAAAGCCAAGGCAAAAGUUGUCCAAAAAGCAAAAAAGAAAAAAGAAGCAGCAAAAAGUAGCACAACAAAGUGUUGCUGAGGAGGAGGAGGACAAACCAACACAAACCACCUGCGACGAAGACCAUCUUCAUGAAAAAUCUGAAGACCCCACAGGGCCCGAGAAUCAGGAGGACGUUCCUCCUGCAGAAGUCAAAGGCUCCGGGAAGACCAAAGGAAAAAAGGGAGGAGGAAAAGACAAAUCAAAGAACGUCAAGUCCCACACUGAACAGUUUCCUGAGAAGGAAGCGAGCCUCUGCUGUAAUACCUGUAACAACGAGUUCCCCACAAGGAACAAGCUGUUUGACCAUCUGAAGACCAGCGGCCACGCCAGCGCACUGCCUGCGAGCGCGCCUCACAGCUCCACGAGCAAAAGCAAAAAAGAGAAGAAGAAGAACAGAUAACACCUUCCCUCCUGGACUGGAGGAGUUUGACUGAGCAGGAACACCAUCAACUUCAAGAAUCUCACGGGGGAUGUUUUUAAAAGAAAAGCUUUCGAAGCUAGACUGAAGGAGGACGGCUUAAUAAAAUGUUCAACCACAGUCACAGUGAGGUUAUCAAGAGAG